UGUGUUCUGCAAACAACGGCUACAGAGCACGCAAGCACCCACAAAACAGACGGCUACCAAAAUGACUCGGCAAUAUAAUAGGUAGAUGCACUUUUGCAGUAAGGCUGGUUUUAAAACGGACAAUGUACUAACCAAAGUCUUGGGUACUUUAUUUUGAAACACACAUAUUAGUGAAGUAAUUUCCUUUCAAUAAGUAAUUUUUCUGUUUGAAACUGCAUUCUAACAGAUGGUUGCUGUGUGCGUGCAUAAGCCAAAACCAAACAAAAACUCUACAACAUUAAAGUUUGCCAGGAACUGGCUUCUCUGUGCCCCCCUCUCUGACGGGGGCUCUGUUGAAAGAAGCUAAUAGACCACCAUUCCCUUCCAGAGUGUUCACAAUCUACCAAAUUAACAUACUAAACACUGCUGCAAAGCUUCAACCACAUACGAUUCAGAUAGACCACAUGAAACGCCAAUUGUGGUGGUCUCUGAACAGAUGUGACAUCUUUCUUAAACUUUAAAAGACAAGCCAUGCACCACAAGCACCACUGCAUUCCUGUUCAGAGUUUAGCCUGCAGGCUUGGCUCUUCCGCGGAGCGACAAAACACUACAAGUGAUUAGAAAACAAAACCAGACAAGAAACGGCACGAAACUUCAAUGGAAGUUUCCGAGCUGAUGUGGGUAUCUUGUGUCAAAAGAAUCAGCAAUGAAAAAAUGAAAAAAGGGGAUUACUAGUUAAAAAAAUGUCAUGAAAUUAUUGCCAGCUACAAUGCACGCAAAAACAGAAGAAGAAAGAGGGAUUUUGUGGCCUUUGAGAAUAACAGUCAGCUACGAUCCCAUGCUAUAGUUCAAACCAGAGCUUGUCCGCACAUGAAGACCAUCAGCUGAUACUCUCCUACGUCUGCUCAACUCUCUGAGCUGUUCUUGUGUGACUUUGAAGCUAACCAGCCAGUAGACUGCUGAUCCUAAGUAGAAGUUUUUUUUUUUUAACCAAAAAGAUUUGGAUGUCUAUAAAUGAUCCAAAAGUGCAGCUGAUUAAAUAGCAAUGUACUUACGGCUAUAUUUGUUUAACUAAGUCCUAAAUUACAGACGAGUAAACAAUAAUAUCUGAUCAUUUAUUAGCAGUUAAAUCAUCUAAUUGUGCUUCAAAGAGCUAAAGCUAACUUAGACGUAAUUAAGGUGUCCUAAAAUUAAGUUUCGCCUUUAUUAAAAAUGAUAAUAAGAAUUUUUACAGUUUCUCUUGCAUCACAAAUCGAAAUAUGAAGACAAAAUAAAACAGGGACCUUCUAUCAUUUAGAAUAAUCAUUUGUUUUAUUCUAAACUAGGAUUUAUAAAAAUCAACGUGUCUAAUGAAUAUUAUAAAAUGACCUCAAAAUGCGUAGUUCAUCUUCUGGAAAACUACUCAGUGUAUGAAGAACCAAGCAAGUGAAUUGCCAGAUUCCUUUAACUCCAGGAAGCACUAAACUAGGAUUGAGUGGAGGGAGUGGUGUGAGAGACUGGGCUGCUGUGAGCUUCUGCUGCAAUCAGUAACAUGUCCACUCUGCAGCAUCAGGUGCUGAAAAUCUACUGCAUUUACAAUAGAUGAACUGCAAAUGGAACAAUCCAGUUACUGGUGAGUGGCAUUUUCAUUUGUUUCGGGUGGGUUUUCUGUACCACUUUCUGUAUGUGUAAGCUGUGUUUAUGACAAUAAAUCUCUACUCUCUACUCUACUACUCUGUUCUGUACAUUUGAAUUUGAUCAAGAUUUCUGAUCUCUUUAGUUUGUUGAAUCAUUCUUAAACACAAACUUGCACAUAAACAAGAUGAAAAUUUAGGCCAUUUACACUUUUAUUUCACCACUUAAUUAAAAAGGUUUUAUUGGAAUUAUUUUUUUAAUUAAGAAAGUUUUUACUGUUGAAAGUACAAGAUAACAUUUCACAUAGAAUUCUUUAACCGAUCAUUGGCCAAGCCAUCAUUUUUGUAGUGUCUUAAACUACUGAGCCAAAAUUUUUUAAUUAUAUUUGCAGUUUACUUCACCUUCCAAAAAUCAAGACACCUUUUCCAAUACUGACAGGAUCCAACUGUUCUGCUUUCGCAAGUUAAACUCAAACUAAAGCUCCUGCUCUCUUGAAUACCACUUUAUGAAUUUCAUUAAACAUGUUUGUGAUCUGUAAAGAAUAUAAAAAUGAUUCAUGGAUUUUUCUCACACUCUGAAUGUAAUGAAAUCCUGUUUGCUUACUUUAUGAGAGCGCUCUAAAAGCUUUAUUAGUAGAAUCCACCUGAUUAUAUCAGGCACAGUAGUCACCUUUGCAAAUUUACCUUCCAUAAAGCGUCACACAUUUAAAAUCUUUACCUUCCGCAGGUCUAAUUGCUUCAACAAAAGUAUACAAGUUUUCAUCUAUCAUGUACUCAUUUUAAACCAACCCUGUCUCCUCCAGACAUGAGCUCAAUGCCGUCACUUCGAGUGGUGGAGGCCUUAAUCCUUUGAGCUAUGGAGCUGAAUCUGACGCAUCAGAGUUUGGAGCCGUUUUCAGCCUUGUCUAACUGUACAGUGGAUACAAGUUACCGCUUUGUUUUCUACCAAGUGUCCUACAGCAUCAUCUUUCUGCUGGGGCUGGUCAGCAACAGCCUGGCUUUGCGUAGGCUGUGCUCAUCAACCUGCACCAUAAACUCCACAGCCAUCUAUUUGGUCAGUCUGUCUACUGCAGAUUUAUUCUUUGUCAUCUCUUUACCCAUGAGGAUUUACUAUUACCACCAAAAGGCUCAGAGCUUAUUCUCUAAGACCGAGAACUCCACCAGCUGGACUCAUGGGAUAACGUACUGCCAGAUCACCUUUGUCCUCACGUACAUCAGCUUGUACGGAGGCAUCUUCUUCCUGGUGUGUAUUGCUGUGGAUCGAUACUGGGCUGUGGUGCACCCUUUGAUGUCUUCAGUCCGCCGGUUACGUACUGCACGUGUGGUGAGUGGGGGGAUCUGGUGCCUGGUGUUGGGGCUCAGCAUAAGUUUGCCUUUACUGCGAUCGGCAGCGUCUCAUCACGACCGGCCCUGUCUGUUCGAUCCGUCCUCCCUCCGCCACAAGACCCUCAUUCUGGUAGUCUUUGGCAUAGUGCUGGGGUCGUUUCUGCUGCCUACUCUGAUCCUCCUCUACAGUUACUGCAGGGUGCUGAUGGUGCUCCGCCACCCAAGACAUCGCUGCCGCAGUCAACGCCACAAUCGUCGCCACACCCUCAGAAUAAUCUACUGGGUGUUAGGAGUCUACCUAAUGUGUUUCCUGCCAUAUCACAUCAACCUGCUGGGAUUUACCCUCACACAGGUAAAGCUGCUGCCCCACUGUGGCCUCGCUAAGGUGACUGAGGCUGUGCAUCCAGUGGUGCUCACCCUCGCCAGUGCGAACUGCUGCCUAAACCCACUCAUCUAUUACUUCUCCAGUAGCUUGGUGAACAGGGAGGGGCCCCGUGGAUGGGGAAGUGGCAGCCAUUGUCGUAGAUCCUUUCAAGCAACUUCUCAAAAACUCCCUAAUUAGUGCAACAUGUAGUUUAGUUUAGUUUAGUGUCUGAUGCUUAUGGGGAUGACACUGCAGAACUUGUAGCCUCACGACAUGGAAAAUUGGACCAAAUUGAAUUUGUUAAUUGGAAAUAUGCUCUUUAGACUUGCACCAAAAACACAUAGCUACAGUCAGGACCAUAAAUAUUUGGAGACACAUUUUUUCUAAUUUAGUUUCUG